AGAUGGAGGACACAACCGCGUCAGGCCAACCCAUAGUCUUGAGGGAGAAGACGACCCCGUUCCUCAUUCGCGCAUUCGUUAAAGUCGGCACGUUCCAUAAGCUCAACUUGUUCGAAGAUGGUACAAUUCCAACGACAGACGAAUCCCAACUCUUUACAUGGAAAGAUGCCACGCUUCGCGAACUCCUAACGACCCUCCGCGACGCUCCCAACGGCCAGACCGCCGAGUUCCGCCACCCUCUCGCGCGCUUCUCCUUCCGCGCCGUGUACGCAGAUGCAGCGAACAAAGGUCGCUUCGUUCAAAAAGACCUCGGCAUAGUCUACUCGCGCGACAUCCUCGGCGAGCCCGGUUCUCUCGACGCCCCCGCCCCGCGCCUUGUCGAGGACACCGACGGCGAGGCACGCAACCUGUCCACCCGUGAGCGCGAGGAGCGUACGCUCGACGAGCUGCGUUUCGUGCCCGGCGACUACCUCUGUAUCGCCAUUCUCCUUCCCAAGGGUACUGCGCCUCCCGCUGAGAUAACUAUCAAAGGCGCUGGUGCCCCGCCCCCGGUCGCGAAUGGAUGGAGGGCAGGAGGUCGGCCGGGAGACAGCGGCUGGGGUGGUCCCGUCCAUGCUCCAGCUCCAGUUGGCCGUGGUGGCGGACACUGGCGCGGUAAUUCUGACGCUCCACCACCGGCGCCACGAGGACGCGGGCGUGACUUUGCUGGACGCGAUCGCGACUUCGACCGGGGGAGGGAUGCGAGAGAUUUGGACAGACGGCCCCCUCCGCCGAGACGGGAGUCUCCACCUCACCGCGGCGGCUGGGGAGGAGGUCGCGGAGGAGGUCGUGGUGGUGGGGGAGGCGGUAGGAGAUCUCCUUCGUUAUCAAGGUCACGCAGCCCACCGCGGCGCCGGGGCUCGAGGUAUGAUUAGGUGUCAUUCUACCCGUGUAGUUACAUUGCUUGGAAUUCAACGUGUCUAAUUUCCAUUGAACAUUAUAUUGUGCCUCGAUAGGACCUCCCAGUUGAGAUUUAAGAAAUGUAACCGAAUCC